UCCGGACCGUAUUUAUUGUUACACGCCGUCAGAAACUGUCAUGGCAUCCGGAUACAUUGUAAGUCGUGGUGUGCUAACGUUUGGAAUUCACUAUCAUCAUGUUUGUAGAAAUGUACUCCUUACACAGACCCGAGAGAAGAAGCGAUGGAUGAAAGCAUACACUCUUUUGAUGGAAAGAAAGUUGAAUAUAGAAGGGCUUCCACCACCUAAGCCACGCUCUCAAAAACCUAACUGGGACUACCAUGCAGAAGUACAGGCAUUCAGCAGCCGCCUUAAAGAAAACUUCUCCCCAGAGCUCCUGAAGACAGCCUUCGUGAACCCCUGUUACAUUCAGUCAGAGAAAGAGAGGAGACAGGCACUCGGCGUGGACUCUGAAACGGCCGCUCUGGUCCUGGGGGACAACAUUCAGCUGAACACACAGGGCUUGGAUUUCACCAAAAGCUUCCUGUCUGACUGGUGCAGGGCCAGCUUCCCUAGCCUGCCCAGCAAAGGAGUGGUUGCCAUUGUCAACCACCUGACCAGUCAUCCAGUAGUUUGCCAUGUGGCGCGGAACCUCGCCAUCGAGGACCUAACUAUGAGCGCUCAAUUCCCUGUCCCUGAUGAAGUAUUGCACAGUACGUUCCUCGCUGUGAUCGGAGCACUCCAGGAGAGCAGUGGAGCUGAGAGAGCAGGCCUUUUCCUUCGGGAUUUCCUGGUCACCCAGUUGGUAGGUAAAGACCUAUUUGAAAUGUGGUCGGUGGUGAACCCCAUGGGGCUGCUGGUGGAGGAGCUGUCCAAGAGGAACGUGGCCCUCCCAGAGCCUCGUCUCACCAGGUCGGCCGGUGCCGGCACCGUGCUCCCACUCUACUUUGUAGGGCUGUACAGUGAUAAGAAGCUUUUUGCAGAGGCUCCAGGGGAGACAGUUCUGGCUGCAGAGGAGGAGGCAGCACGCGUGGCCCUGAGGAAAAUCUAUGGCUGCACUGAGAACCGGAGACCCUCUAACUUCUCUGCAGCAGAGGAGCAGCUCGGACUCCUACCCUCAAUCCAUCAGCAGCAGCUAAAGGACAUGUCACCCCAAGCACUAUAAUGUCUUCCAUCAGUUGAUGACAGCUCAUGACAUGCCAGAGGGUCAAAGUCAAGCGGUUCCCUUAGCCUAUCAGGACCAACCUCCCACAGACUCAUAAACCUAGACCUAGGGAUACCCUCCAAACUAUGUGGUCUGCUCAGCCCUUUAAAUUAGAGGACUGUCCUUUGGCAAAAUAAUGUUUUUUUGUGUAAUAUAUUAUUGAUGUAAAAACAAAAUGUAUGCGUAUCCCUGAGCAUGUCUCUUGAAAGAAUGUUUAUUAUACCAUCUUUGGUUUAA